CCGCGGCCCCGAAGUCUUCCUGCCGCCCCAUAUGCGCCUUCGCAAGCCCGCGGAGCAUCUCGUCCCAGGGCUGGCCAGCGACUCCCUGGAUGACUUCCUGAUGGAGUUUGACCACGUGGUUCAGGACUUUGAGAAAAGGGUCUUUUCUCAAUAUGAGCCACACCUGGAGGAGUUGAGGAAGAAGGCCUUGUCCAGCACGUAUGACAGCGGCAUCGAUGACUCAGAAAGCAAGAGCGCCUCCCCCAGCAGCAGCCUGAACACCAGCGAGGAAGACCUCAGUGCUCUGGCAGCUCCCUUGGAUGCCCCUUCCUCCACAGCCAAGCUUGGAGACACGCACGAGCUGGAAGAGUUCAUUGCAGACUUGGAUCGAAUCCUGGAGGAAAUGUGACCUGCUUUCCUCCUGAGCUCUUCAAGAUGAAAAUCCAGACUAGAUCAUCCCCCGCCUGCCAGUGUCUCGCUGAAUGGACCACCUGCCCUUUUCUCCUGGCGGAAGCCCCCCCGCACCAAAAUUCCUGAUGUAUCAGCUCUGUCUCCUCCUGUUCCCCCCAAAGCCAACCUACUUUGCAACUGGCUUCUCUGCAGGGGAGAAGGAGCUGAGGGCAUCGUGAUCUUGUCCAAAAUACUUCAAGUUCAGAAGUCAAAGCAGAAAUCUAACUAGACUGGAUCCCAGUGACAUUCUGCCAUUGGAUUUAUUUUUCAAAUUAUUCUCCUCAAUUCCACCUUGAGGAGAAAGCAUGGAUUAUUUUUCAGAAUGUAGACUUUCUCCUGCACUGAGAAGGUGCACCUUUCUCUGAGCCCUUUGCUUCGGAUCGCAGCAGGCUGCAUGAAGGGGGGGGGCGAGCGGGAGGGAGCCUGCGAUGUGCAUUUCCCAAAAGAGGCUCCUUGGGAGCUGAAGCCAAACUACUGAAAGAGGAGGCUGUUCCAGGACCAGCUAAGCUGGGGGAGAAGCAGACUGGGUGGAUGUCGCUCACCCCAAACACAGGGCAGGCGUGUGCACCAACCCUCUGGCCUGUGGGUUGGUGCCACAGGCUCUCUAGAGGGGCUGGAAACAUGUCCGAGUAUUGAUGUGAAUGGGAAGACCUGGUUGGGGGGAACCUCCAUUCGUAUGAACAGCAGCCCUUCUCUUUGCUGUGUUCUGAGUCCGCUCCCAGAAUGCACUUGGCCUCCUGCUUCAUUUCUUUCUGCGUGGAGCUCUUUACAGCCCUCUUAGCAGAGAAGCGGUGAGGAGCUGGCUUUCCCCCCAAGUGUUGGGAUUGGAUGGAGGUGGAGGAGAGUGCUGUGGGUUGCACUGGGGGAGUUGGGCUGUGCCAAGUUUGGGGUUUUAUUGUUUCUUGGUUUUACUCUUUGUACGGCAUUGUUUUAUGUUACGGUUGGGAGCCGCCCAGAGUUCUAGUUUUAAGAUGGAUGGCCAUAUAAAUAUUUUAAAUUAAUAAAUGUAAA